AUUUCCAAAAUCGUCUGAGUGCGUGUGAAUAAAAUGCGACCCAACACUGUAAAAAGUAUCACGAAAUGGUUAAACGAAACAGCGUGGGUGACAGGCAUGUUGAUUUUCUAUCAUUUACAUUAGUGACUGAGGAAGCGUUGCAGGUGAGCGAUAUAAAAAGGGUGAAAUACUGGAUUUGGGUGAUCAGAGCGCAAGUGGGUGUGUGUGUGUGAGAGAGUGACAACACAGGAAGGAGUUUGUGCCAAUAAACAGUCCAGACCGGGGCUCCUCCUCCGGAAAAACAGCGAGCAGAACCGAGAGAGCAGCUCAGGAGAGGAAAGCAGAAAUGUGGGUUGAAAAAGUGGGGAAGCAGCUGGGUCGCCCAACACGCUCGGUGGUUGGAUGGCUGGUCACUAAAUAUCUGGCAGCUUAUAACCAGACCUUGGAGGAAAACGCAGUGCGACUGUGCGGGGUCCAGCCGGGGGACACGGUGCUGGAGCUGGGUCAUGGCCCAGGCCUAGGCCUUGUCUCUGCAGCCAAACUGCUCACAGGCCCCACAGGCCACCUCAUCGGAGUGGAUUAUUCUGAAUACAUGCAUCAGAUGUCAAAAACGCUGAUGAAGGAAUUCAUAGCCAGUGGGAAAGUGAGUCUGCAUCACUGUGAUGUUGCAGCCAUGCCUCUGGCAGACAGCUCUGUGGACAAAGUCUUCCACACUAACUGCUACUACUUCUGGCCUGACCUGAGGAAGGGAGCCACAGAGAUACACCGUGUGAUGAAACCAGGAGGCCUGAUGGUGACCACACUGAGGCAUUGGUUGUUGGCCACAAGAGCAAAGCGAUUCAUGCCAGGGGACAACUGGCAGCCAGAGGCCUACAUGGCAGCUCUGAGAGAUUCCGGUUUCACUGACGUCAGAAUGGAGGACAAACAGGACAAAGGCGUUACUUUUCAGGCAAUCUUUGCCACUGCAUUAAAAUGAAAACAUGUGAAAGUGAGUUUUAUUCAGAAAUAAAAACUGAAUCUGUGAUUUACCAUAAUGAUACAAUCAAUACUCAGUCACAACUUUUCCUAUUGGGAUUGUUAGUCUGUCUCAGCUGCAAUGUUGUGUAUUGUUGGAGCACUUUGUGAUUUGGUUGAAAUGUAACUCACUCACAGUAUUAUGCUGUUGAAAUAAACUGAAUGUUGAUCCUUGA